AGGUAACUUUCGGUCAUUUCUGAUACGAGGCACGACAGACUGACUGUGUUUUCCUUCGCUCAAGCUGACUCAGCGGGGACUUUGGACCAAAUAUUUUUCACAAGACAGCUGUGUGACCCUUAGAAAAACAGUCUGCUGUGAUUAUUCUCAAAAACAACUGCGCUCAGAAAUCUUUGGUUUAAGAAAAACGAGGCUUGCCAGACUUCGACUGCUGCACAUUCAGAGGCGAGCAUGGGUGCGCAGUUAGACUCUACACUCCAGUCUGUCCUCCUCCUGCCAGUCCACUUUUUGAUAUGGCUGUACUCCGUCCUCUCCUUCCUACCUUGGUAUUUCAUCACUGGAGCUGGCCAGAAGAAAUCUCUGUCCAAGCGUGUAAAAGCCCGCUCCACCUCCGGGAGCCCGGAGGGUCCAUACCGCUCUGUGGACCACUUUGACUCCCUGGCAACAGAAGAGUUCCCAGGCAUAGAUACACUGGAUAAACUGUUCAGCCAUGCUGUGCGGUGUUUCGGACCAGAUCAUUGUCUUGGCACCCGGGAGGUACUGAGCGAAGAGAACGAGAUUCAGCCCAAUGGCAAAGUUUUUAAAAAGCUCAUCAUGGGAGACUACAGUUGGUUGUCCUAUGAUGAAAUGGACUCCAUAGUGAGUAGUUUUGGCAGUGGACUGGCAGCUUUGGGGCAGCAGCCCAAAAGCACCAUUGCAAUCUUCUGUGAAACCAGAGCAGAGUGGAUGAUCACAGCCCUGGCGUGCUUCAGGCGCAACUUCCCCUUGGUGACUUUCUACGCCACACUGGGAGAAGACGCGAUUGCAUAUGGUCUGAACGAGACAGGAGUUUCUCAUCUGGUUACCAGUGUUGAGCUGCUUGAGACCAAACUGAAAAAAGUGCUGCCAACGAUCACCAAACUGAAGCACGUGAUCUACGUAGACCAGAAGAAAAUGAACACAGAAGGCUACCCAGCAGAACUGUCCAUCCACAGCAUGGAGGCUGUGCAAGAGCUGGGCUCACUGCAGGAGAACAUGGAAAGGCCAAUUGUGAAGCCCCAGCCUUCUGAUCUGGCUGUGGUGAUGUACACCAGUGGUUCCACAGGCAGGCCCAAAGGAGUCAUGAUAGUUCACAGUAACCUCAUUGGAGGGAUGACAGGCCAGUGUGAACGAAUCCCUCAACUGGGACCUAAAGACACUUACAUCGCCUAUUUGCCCCUGGCUCAUGUUCUGGAAAUGACGGCUGAAAUCUCUUGUGUCACACACGGCUGCCGGAUUGGUUACUCAUCCCCUCAGACACUGUCAGACCAAUCCACUAAAAUAAAAAAGGGAAGUAAAGGAGACUGCUCUGUGCUCAGACCCACCCUGAUGGCAGCUGUGCCAGAAAUUAUGGAUCGAAUCAACAAGAAUGUGAUGAGCAAAGUGCAGGAAAUGGGCUACAUUCAGAGGACGCUGUUUACAUUGGGCUACAAAUAUAAACUGGAGCAAGUCAAGAGGGGCUUUGACGCACCGCUCUGUAAUUUCUUGUUGUUCAAGAAAGUGAAGAAACUUCUGGGUGGACGGGUGCGGAUGAUGUUGUCCGGUGGAGCCCCCUUGUCCUCGGCCACUCAGAGGUUCAUGAAUGUGUGUUUCUGCUGCCCUGUGGGUCAGGGCUACGGCCUCACAGAAACCUGUGGAGCCGGCACCAUCACUGAAGUUACAGAUUUCAGCACCGGUCGUGUUGGAGCUCCUCUGAUUUGCUGUGAGGUCCGACUCAGGGACUGGGCUGAGGGUGGCUACACGUGCCAAGACGAGCCGAAUCCUAGAGGGGAGAUCCUGAUAGGCGGUCCCAAUGUCACCAUGGGUUACUACAGGCGCGAAAGUAACGAGCAAGACUUUUUUGUGGACGAGAAGGGACAGAGGUGGUUCUGCACCGGUGAUAUAGGGGAGGUCUAUCCGGAUGGCUGUCUACAAAUUGUGGAUCGGAAAAAAGACCUGGUCAAGCUGCAGGCCGGAGAUUACGUGUCUCUGGGUAAAGUCGAGUCAGCUCUGAAAAACUGCACGCUCGUAGACAACAUCUGCGCAUACGCCAACAGCGAUCAGAACUAUGUGAUCAGCUUCAUAGUUCCCAACCAGAAAAAGCUGACGGAGCUGGCUAAGAGCAAAGGCAUCGAGAGACAAUGGGAGGACCUCUGCACUCACCCCGAGAUGGAAAAAGAGGUUCUGCGAGAGAUUAAAGAUGUUGCUGCUAAAAUUAAACUCCAACGGUUUGAGAUUCCAGUUAAAGUCCAUCUGAGCCCAGAGCCGUGGACUCCGGAGACUGGUCUCGUCACAGACGCGUUCAAGCUGAAGAGGAAAGAGCUGAAGAACCACUACCUGUCCGACAUCGAGCGAAUGUAUGGAGGGAAGUAGAGGGGUUUCACCACGACUCUGUAAUAUCGCCAAUACUGUUCAGUUCUGUAAAUAGUUUGACCAAAUUCACAAGCGGGGACUAGCCUGGAACUUGAGUUCAUUUUAGAUUUCCAGUGUGUAGAGCCACAAAAAGUCAAAACAUUUUAGCACGUAUGUGCAACAGCAGGCUACUGUGACAUAAACCCUACCGUCCAGUUUUUAGUGAAAGGUUCGUAGAUGCAAGACUUUGUCCACAUUAGGUACCGCUACAUUGGUUGUUGACCAAAGUGCCUGAGCGGCUCUCCUCUGUCCAGUCGUACACACACACACAAAAAAGCAGCUUCACGUUAGAUUAACUGUUGUGACUGAUCCUGGUAAGGCCACGUGGAGAUCUGUUUCUUUUAUGUAUGGGAAGAGAGCAGACGCAUUCUUCCAGAGCAAACGGAGGCGUGAAGAGCCCCAGCAGUGUUCUGGUUUCCAAGCCAGUAAAAGAUGGUAACGCUGGUACUGAGCUGAAGGCUGCUCGUGUA